AUGGGUGAGUUCUCCAACGAAGUCUACCUCGGCACCUACUUUCUCAUACUUUUGCUUCAAAUAUGUUGUACAGCUGUCAAUGGACUUAUCAUUGUGUUCUUUGCGAAACUUCCCGUACUACGCAAAAACAAACAUCUCCGUCUAGUCUCCUACCUUUCUGUUGGAGACUUUGUAACUGCAAUUGCCGAAGCCCCAUACAUCAUUUACAUGAUCCUCAACUGGAAUCCCAACCAACUGGACUUCAAUCCUCUGUACAUUCUCAUCUCCUCCAUCCCGCUACCUAUGCAGCUGAAAAUUUCAGCAACGAUCACCAUUGGGUUAGCGUUGAGUAGGAACUUGGCAGUAUUCUUCCCGGGAUGGUUUCGAAAAAUGGAAGAAAGCUAUUAUGCUGAAAUCGUGCUAGCUAUUGGAAUCCUUUUGGCACUAUUUGACGCAAUACUCUGGUUUGGGUUAUCCCCACCAACUCGUAUGCCAAAUUGCGGAACUAGUGGAUGUUUUGUUAGCGAUCAGUUUCGAUACUAUUGGGGAAUUUCGAAUAUGUUACUCGGAUUCCUGGUGUUAUUUUUAUCCGUUAGUAUUUGUUUUAAAAUCAAAGCUGUUGAGAAGAGAACACCGAUGACGAAUUCAGUUCUUCAAAGGAACAAGUUUCAGCAGGCAAACCGAACGUCUACUGGAAUUCUAAUUUCCUCGUUAUUCUUCCUAACAACUCCUAGUGUGUGCGUGGGAGUUGUUGAGCUGGCAGGAUACUCGAUUUUCCGACUAGUGGGACCAUUUUAUUCGGCCAGUUUGAUGGCUAGUGGAAUCUGCAACGGAAUCAUUUUCAUCGGUUGCAAUGGUGACACUCGUCGUUUGAUCAUAAAUAAAAGCGGACCUUCUAUGACCCACACGGUUUCAGUAGCCGCGAAAUCUGUUGUGAUAAGAUACUAA